CAUCAAUAGAUGUGCCGAGCUGCAUCCCAUCGGUGAACACUUCACGUGGUGGGGAAUGGUUAAGCGUAGUGAUGUUAGAGCUAGAGUUAGAGUCACUAGCUCUCGGUGCGUGCAUAAUAACGAUGUCGGCCAUGACUUAUUUCGAAAUAUCUGGGUGGAAGGCAUCAGUAGUCGUUCCAAAGAGAAGCGGGAAACGAGGGGAAAAUGGGUGGUAG